AUGGAGUCCUUUAAGUCCUUUGACCAUGCCAGAAAAGGAAAGGAGCACAAAGAAUCACUUCCGCCGUCCACACCGUCCACCACAACAGCGCCUAACAGAGAUAUGCCUAAGGAUCUCCGGCCAGCGACACUUUCGCGAAGAGCUUCCGUCGUACCUAAAGCGGUUAUCGUCGAACGGCGAAAGCGACGAGGUCUCCUCGCCAAUCUCUCCUUAAUACCAGAGGUUGACGACCCCUACCAUUAUGCCCGCAAGACAAAAUGGCUCCUGACCAUCCUCGUGGCAUUUAUGGGAAUGGCUGGUCCCAUAGGAUCUACUAUCAUAGUCCCUAGGCUCAAGGACAUCGCAGAGGCCUUCGAUGCUUCCCAUACCAUUACGAACAUGAAUGCAGCCGUCUACAUGCUCUCCAUGGGAAUCUUUCCGCUGUUCUGGUCCAGCUUCUCAGAGACGAGCGGGAGAAGGACAAUAUAUAUCGUCUCCUUUAGCCUCUUUGUGCUCUUCAGAGCCUUGGCUGCUGUUUCAACGAAUAUGGCUAUGCUGAUCGUCUUCCGAACGUUCUCGGGAGGAGCUGCAGCAUCCGUCCAAGCUGUCGGAGCAGGAACGAUUGCCGACAUAUAG